GUGACGAGAAGACGUGUUUAAUAUUUAUGACUUUAGUAACAUUUUGUACAGGAAUAAAUUAUCGUGAUGUUAAUAUUUGUCAAGGGCCUGUACGUGGAUAUAGAGAAGGAAGUAUUUUUGGUUUCUAUAGCAUUCAAUAUGCUACAGUUCCGACUGGUCGAGACUUUUUUAAGGCACCAUUGCCACCACCAACAUGGACAACUACAUUCGAAGCUACGGAGCAGAAUAUAUUAUGUCAACAACCGAUUGAAGUCGCAGGUCCACCUGUCGGUUAUCAAAUAAAAGAGCAAUGCCUAAUAUUGAAUGUAUUUGUUCCUGAUAAUAUAACUGAACACUUACCAGUAGUGGUAUAUGUGCAUGGAGGUGGUUAUCAAAUUGGCUCAGGCAAUAGAAUGACACCAAGAAAACUAGUCUCUAGUGGUAAAGUAAUUGCAGUAACAUUCAACUAUCGCCUUGGACCCCAAGGGUUUUUAUGCCUUGGUACUCCUACAGCUCCCGGAAAUGCUGGAAUGAAAGAUAUGGUUGAAGCAUUAAAAUGGGUACAAAAUAAUAUUGGUAAUUUUGGUGGUAACCCGAAAGAGGUUACUAUAGCUGGAUAUAGCGCCGGUUCAGCAGCAGUGGAUGUCCUGUUACUUUCAAAAAUGACAGAUGGAUUGUUUAACAAAGUAAUUGUAGAAAGUGGCUCAAAUCUCGAUACUUUCUCAGUUCAAAUUGAUCCUUUACAAAACGCUUUGUGGUUUGCUAAAACUCUGGGGUUUAAUAAAAGUAAUGAUAUCGUUGCUUUGGAAGAAUUUUAUCUGAACACGCAAUAUGAUGUUUUAGCUACUCACACAGCCCCACUUUUAUCGAGGUCUGACUCCGCACUGGUGUUUGCGCCAUGCGUUGAAAAGGAUAUAGGUAACGAAAUGUUUUUAGAUAAAAGCCCUGCAGAAAUAUUAGAAAGUGGAAAUUUUAAAAAACUGCCACUGUUAUAUGGAAUUUCACAUUUUGAAGGUUUGAGAAAUAGAGAUUACUGUGGAAAAUGGGUGACAAGAAUGAACGAAAACUUCCUCGACUUCGUUCCACAAGAUAUAGGUCUUAACAAAACUGAUAAAAUGAAACUAGCAAAAAUUCUCAGAAGAUAUUAUUUUGGCAAUGAAACCGUGUCUAAUAAGAAUUACAUAAAAUACAUAGACUUCUUCUCAGAUGUAAUUAUAAAAUAUGGUACGAUAAGAUCAGCUAGACUUCAACUUAAAGCUGGCAAUAACCAAAUAUAUUUUUAUGACUUUAAGUUUGUUGACGAAAGCGUGCCAUAUAUUCCGCAUACUAAAAUACGCGGAGCAAAACAUUGCGCUCAAACAGAUGCGGUGUUAGAUUUAAAGAUUAAUGAAGAUAUGAUAUCUGAGAAAUAUAAGAGAGUAAAAACCUUCAUGCGCGAACUCUGGACAAAUUUUAUUACUUAUGGAAAACCUGUUCCGGAGGGCUACAGUUUUCCAUCAUGGCCGCCGAUGACAUCUGAAAUUUCUUAUAUGGUUUUGGACACUACUUCGGAGUAUAAAGAUAAAUUUGAAUAUAAAAAUUUGAAGUUGUGGGAUAAUAUUACACAGAAAUAUUAUAAGUAUCCAUCUGCUCCUAAUCCAAAUGUAGACAACAGUUAUAUUUAUACAUGAA